AUAUAGUUGUCGUCGAUUUUUGGUGAGGGGGAAUCGCAGCCGUCGGAUAACACGCGGCUGAUCUGAGGCCCUUUUAAGACUAAACACAAUUGAUUUCGGGUGGGUUUUCCCUCUUUCACCGAUCCUCCAUCUACGAGCCGUCUCAAGAACAAUCGUUAUCGUGAUCGAGAGAUGCCUGGUUUAACAUGUAACGCGUGUAACAUGGAGUUCGACGACGAAGCAGAGCGAAAGCUUCAUUACAAGUCCGAUUGGCACCGCUACAAUCUCAAGCGCAAGGUGGCUGGGGUUCCUGGAGUUACAGAAGAGCUGUUUGAGGCUAGACAAUCUGCUCUUGCUCAGGAGAACGGUAAAUCAGAUGAAGCACCUAUGCUUUAUAGUUGCGGAAUCUGUGGUAAAGGUUACAGGAGCUCCAAGGCUCAUGAGCAGCAUCUUAAGUCGCGGAGCCACGUUGUGAGGGUUUCACAGGGGACAACAACCAACGGAGAGGAGGAUAAAGCCAUCAUUAGGCCACUUCCUCCUCGCCGUAAAGGUUCGUUUGAUGAAGAAAGUGAAGAUGAAUGGGUGGAGGCUGAUUCAGACGACGAAUUGGCUGCUCAAGAAGCCUCGGAUUCUUUGUCCAAGUUGAAUGUAAAUGAGUCAGGAUCUGCUGAAGAAGAUAUGGAUGAAGAUGAUGCAGACAAGUAUGAGCUGGACCCAACCUGCUGUUUGAUGUGUGACAAAAAACAUAACAACUUAGAGACCUGUAUGGUUCACAUGCAUAAGCAUCAUGGUUUCUUUAUUCCCGACGUUGAGUAUCUCAAGGAUCCAGAAGGGCUUCUCACUUACCUCGGUCUUAAGGUCAAGAGAGACUUCAUGUGUCUGUACUGCAAUGAGCUGUGCCGUCCAUUCAGCAGCUUAGAAGCUGUAAGGAAGCACAUGGAAGCAAAGAGUCAUUGCAAAUUGCAUUAUGGUGAUGGUGAUGACGAUGAAGAUGCUGAACUAGAAGAGUUCUAUGACUACAGCAGCAGCUAUGUUGAUGAAGCUGGAGACCAGAUAGUUGUGUCUGGUGAAACAGACAACGCUGUAGAACUCGUUGGUGGUUCUGAGCUUGUGAUCACCGAGAGAUCCGAGAACACAACUACGUCUAGGACUCUUGGGUCACGUGAGUUCAUGCGUUAUUACAGACAGAAGCCGCGCCCAACUUCUCAAAACAGCAACCAGAUUAUUGCCUCUUUAUCUUCAAGGUACAAGAGCCUGGGUCUGAAGACGGUGCCGUCGAAAGAGGACACAGUGAAGAUGAAAGUGCUCAAGGAGAUGAACAAGAGAGGCGAGACAAUGCGUACCAAGAUCGCAAUGAAGAGUAAUGUCAUAAGAAACUUGCCUAAUAAUGUCCCAUACUAGUUUCUGAGCUUGUGCCACUUAGUGUUGGAUUAUCUGAUGAUUCCAUUUACUUUUGUAACAAUCGUGAGCUUUAAGCAAUAUAUUCAAUUU